AAGUAAACCGGGUUGGCUGGCUGGCUGGAUGGGAGGAGGGAGGUGGCGGCUGGCCAGGCGAUGGAUGGUGACUUGCAAAAAUGCUUAGGUUGAAGCUUGGAAGAGAGAUCCUCGUGUUGACAGAGGGGAAAAAACGAGGAGAAGGAGGAGUAAGAGGUUCGUCCGCCAUCUGCAGCUAAAGAACUAGUUGGCAGUGGUCGAUCUGGGGAGGCGAUUUGCCUAAUCGGUCAACUGUAUACGCCAGAAUGCUAUCCAGAAACAGCAAAGGGCCAGAAUCUGAGCAAAGCUACGGUUUGAAGAUGUUGCAUCCUUCGAACUAACGAGUCGGUAAGUUCACCAUCAUGGUGAUGGAGAAUACGGAGUUUAUCGAGAUCAGAGUACAUCCAACUUGUUGUUCAAACAUAUGCACGGGAUGGAUGCCGGGGGGUGGAGGUGGUUUGUCUAGCCCUCAGUACGGAUACUCAUCCUCACAACGAACUACAGGUUGACCAUUCAGUAGGCUUCUUUGAACACAUGCAAGAAAUUUCACGAACGUCGCAAUAGUCCAUACUGAGGUGUGGAGAGGGCUGAAGAACACCCGAAGAACAAAAUCGCUAGUAGGCUGGGCACACGUACGAUGACCGUUUGGCCGAUCACGAAUUUGAUCGAUAAACUGGGAGCUCGUGUGCAAGUCCAUGUCCAUCAUUGCCGGUAUUUGGUCAAGGAAAAACGGUUGAUACGAUUCGCCUCUGGGUUCUUUGCUCUAGCUGUCCCCGGCUAGACUGCUUCUCUAGCCCCUUCAGUCGCUUACCCUGAGGCCUCUUCUUCUUCCACCUCUGAGUAUCUCCGAGAGAAUGCUCGGAGUUGGCUGCGUGUUUCAGGAUUGCCGGUUCCAGAGCUCCUAACCAUUUUUUUUGAACCUGGUUUACGACGUCGAUGUGUUAUGUCAGACAGCUUGUCAGCCAGCCAGCAUCCAGUUGCAAUAAUAAUGGAAGCACGGUGACUAAUCAGAUGAGAUUACUUUUAGAGAGGUCGACAACGGCCCUGCCAAUUCUCCAGGGCCAACGGUCUAUUACGGUCCAUAACGGUCUUCUGUGAGAUCCCAGUCGUGUGAUGGGUAAAUGUGAUCUCGAGCAUGACAUGCUUUCCCCUCCCUUUUUUUUUUUUUCGUUAUCCCGGGUUCAGAAGCCACCAGCAUGCAGGAAUCAUGUUUUCAGCAAUUGACCUUGGAAGAACGGAGCAUGAGCCAAAAGAACGAGUUAGCUCCCUUAUGAGCCCCAGAAUGGGGUGCAACGAACAAGAUCGAAAAAUUUUUCUUUGCUUCGAUGGAAUCAUCGCGAUCGGCUCUCUCCACCUUGUGGCGUUCCCGAGAACCAGAGCCAGAAUUCUCUCCUCCAAGCCCAUAUUGCAAGGAGGACCCUGUCAGCAGCGUACGUGGUCAAGAGGAGAAGGGAACAAGAAAUGGAGAAAAAGAUAGAGGAGAACGAUCUGUCCAUUAGCUCACUAGCCUCGCUACCAUGACGCCAUGGUUGCGUGCCUGUUAGCUCUAUCAAAAUCAUGGAACGCUUCCGUCAUGGUCUAGCUUUAUCCGCCCCUUUUUCGUUCCUGGUUCGGCAUCAUCGAGGCUGGAGAACGGAAAUUGGAUGCAAUAUGCACUCC